AUUAAUUAUACAUGCCAUAAUUAUCCAAGUAAAUUCAAUAUGGACUUGUUGCAGCUUUUGCGUAAGAGUUUUAAUAUCUAUAUUUAGAGUAGGAUUGGGUACACUCAAAGUUGCUUAACGACCUUUUGAAACAUGCAUUGGAUAUGUUCUAUCCUUAGGAUCUAUUGUGUAUUUCAUUUCUCUAUUCAAGUAUCUUAUUAGGAUGGGACAAAUUACCAUUUAAUUAAACUAAUUCUAAUGAUGCUGAAGAAUUAACUAAAGAUGAAUUAUAUGAAAGAAGAAGAUUAUUAAGAGAAGAAAAGAAACGAUUAAAAUAAAUUGAAGCUAAAGAAUUAAAAUAAUAAUAAAGAUCACCAUCUUCUGAAUCUCCUGAUAAAAAAUCACCAGAAAGAGCUUCUUCUCCAUCAGAAAGUGAAGGAGAAAAAAAAAAAGUUUAGGAAUCUAAAAAUAAUUCCAAAUAACAAUAAUAAUAAUAAUAAUAAUCUAAUGUUAAUCCUUAAUAAAACAAAAAAAAUAAUAAAUAAUAACAGUAAUAAUAAUAACAAUAAUAAUAAUAAUAAUAAUAACAAUAAUAAUAACAAUAAUAAUAAAAGAAUACAAAAUAAUAAACUAAAGAAAAAGGAAAAUAGACUUAAGAAAAAUCAAAACCAUAACCUGUUGAAGAUGAUGAUGAAGGAUGGGAGGAAGUUUAUGAUCCAAGAUAAAAUAAAAAAGCCAAUUUAUUGAAAGAAUAACAACAAGCAGAAGCCUAAAAAUAAGCUGAAGCAAAAGCUGCUGCUGCUGCUAAAGCUGCUGAAGAAGCUAGAAUUGCUGCAGAACUUGCUGCUAAAGCUGCUGAAGAAGCUGCUUAAGCUCUCAAAUAAUCUAAAGGGUAUUUUAUUUAUAUAUAUACUCUCUAGAUCAAAAGGUAAAAACACUAACCCUAAAUAAUAAAAAUAAGAAGAAUAAGAUGAUGGAGAGUAAUUAUUAAUAAUUAUAUUCUUAGGGAUGAUGGUUGGGUUAAGGUUGAUUCACCAAAUAAAAAAUAAAAAGGAGGAAAGAAAAACAAAUGAGCUGUUUUUACA